GGCGGACUGCAUGUUUGGCUACGACCACGACGACUGGCUCCACACCCCUCUGCUGCCCCCGGAGGUCGCGCUGGGACUCACACGCGAUCAGAUAGAAGAGACGCUCAAGUAUUUCUGUCAUCCAUAUGGUGUGGAUCUGAAGAGCUUGUGGUCUGACUCCUUGCCUGUGAGACAAGCACGAUUGGAAGAAAUAAGACAUCUCGACACAGUGUAAUGCAUUAGUAGUGUCCACAAGUGAAGACAUUGAUUGUGAAUGUAGCAAUAUGUCCCGCAAUAAUAUAUCUGAUAUUGUACCAAUUUAUCCUGGUGUGUUUAAGUCACACUUGAAAGCACACCCAUAAUAGAACCACACAGGAGCGGUGACUAAAUGAUUGGAGUUAGAUGGGGUGGAAUGGUUCCAAAGGGCUUGGUUGGCGGCACGUUGCCAACAGGAAGUACCGUAUAUAACAACCAUGGUAAACUCCUGCUAGUUUAUCAAGAAACUCUAAAUCUGAGGUGAACGUUCUUCCUAUCGGUCUGACGCAGGAUCCCGAGUUAAGGUCUGUCUGAAGAUGAUAUCUGUUUCAAUUGUCCUUUCAACAAAGUGUUUUCACUUGACUCCCCUACGUAGAUGUGGAAAAACAAAUCUAAUGAGAUUUGUGAAUGUUUUUGCAUCAAUAUUGUGACUGUUUUAAUGGGGUAAUGUUAUAAAAGGUAAAUGCUCAAAUAUGAGCUGGAGACAGAUAGGGGUGAAAUUGAUCAUAGUCACAAGAUCGUCUGAUUCUAUGGAGAAACAAUUGAUUCGGUACAUGGAAGCCUGCAUACUGUAUCCCUCAAUCUAACGUAACAAACACUGAGUUUACCCAAAUCCAACACUGAACAGGAUCAUGCUGCCGACUGUUACAACGCUACUCCACUUGUCAUAAUCACCUUAACGGGACACUAUCAUAUCAGAAUCUCCAUUUAUCAGUACAGUACAAUAGUACACACAUGUAUGUAUGGUCUGUUUAGUAGAGGAGCUAACAGAAGCUCCUCCCCCUCCUCCCUCUGGUGACUUUAGGGGAGGUGUCAUAUCCUCUAGCCACAUCCCUUCCCUUGAUGCUUGGGGCCACAGAUGCCAAAUGCCAAUAAACCGAUUAGCCUCUUAGCUGUAAUCAGUUUCCUUCUGCACCUCCAGUUCUGAACUGACUUUAACAGUAGCCUUUUACAAAGGGCUUGGCCCCCGAGCACCGACUGCUCUUCAGACGUCGCGGCGACACUGACCGUACUCUCGUCACUGUGUAGGACUUGGUCGUCGUAGCCACCCACCAGUAGGGCAUAUUUGAAAGAUAUCUUUGUGAGCAUAGUCGAGAGCAGAGAGGUGUAAGAAAGGUGACAGGUUGAACGCGCAGAGAUUGGGUGUGCUGUGCGUAUUUGUGGCCUUUGGUGUAAUCUUUAGAGAGACACCCCGAAGAGGUUAUUAAUUAGUGUGAAAGUCGGAGGUCUCAAAUAGAGACGGACGUUUAAGAUUGGUUGAACAUUUUGGCCAGGUUUUUACCUCAAUGGGACAGCCUGGUGACAUAAAGGUUGACUAAAUAAAAAUAUACGUUGCCAUGCAUUUGCAAAACAAAACAAGUGGGCGGCUUGCUAAACAGGUGAUAUGCCAGUCUUGUCUGACAUUAUGAUAUCAUCAAAGAUGGCAUUUUCUUGUAUCUGAUGCGGUCUAUGUUAUUAGGAAAGCAUACAGAGCUUGGGUUGGGCACAGCGGCCGGAUUUCACGUGUUGACAUUCGUUUCACAUUGGCACAGAAGUCUGAAUUGGUGUUAACCUUUAGUGUUAGUUAAACAUUUUCAACUUCUGACCUCAUCAGUGCAGUACUAGGGUUGCCAGGUUUCCAUAGGAUUGCAUGGCUAACUCCCCCAUUAGGCAGGAUAGACUAUACCGUCCUUUCACUAAAGUAGAGCUGGGACGAUACCAGUAUUGCAAUAUUUAAAAACCUGCUGUAUGUAAAAUAUUGUGCUAUAGCUUGGAAAAUAAAUACAUGUGACUCUGGAUGACACCAUAAUGAUGUUUGUUUCCAACAUUAGGACUGUUUUCCUAAAUAAGUUAAAUCCGCUCUGUCUUUUGUUUCCUUGCCAAGAUACUAGAUAACGAGUAUCGCGAGACAGGUUUUGUCCCGGCCCUGCGCUCAAGCUGAUCGUGACUAGGGGUACGUUGCCAUGUAGGUUCCCAUAAGAUUGAAUGUAAGACAGGAUAGACUGUACUCUCCUUCACUCAAGCCAAUCGUAACUGGGGGUACACUGCCAGGGAUACUAGGGUUGCCAGAUUCCAAUAAGAUAGUGAGAAUAAUCCCCCAUAAGGCAGGAUAGACCACUCUCCUUUCAUUCAAGGUGAUCGUAACUGGGGGUACAGUGCCAGGGAUACUAGGGUUGCCAGAUUCCAAUAAGAUAGUGAGAAUAAUCCCCCAUAAUGCAGGAUAGACUGUACUCUCCUUUCAUUCAAGGUGAUCGUAACUGGGGGUACAGUGCCAGGGAUACUAGGGUUGCCAGAUUUCAAUAAGAUAGUGAGAAUAAUCCCCCAUAAGGCAGGAUAGGCUGUACUCUCCUUUCAUUCAAGCUGCUUUGGACUGGGGGUACAGUCAGUACCAGAGUCGCGAUGUCCCCAUAGGAUUGAAUGGCUUACUCCUUCAUAAGGCAGGAUAGGCUGUACCCUCCUUUCCCUCCGUCUUCUUUGCAGAGCACAGGUCAGACUGGUACACAGCCAGUCGGCUGACACACAGCUGUGCCUUGAAGCUGUGAAUUUCGGAUGCAACCUUUGUGUUUUGCCGUUGCGCUGGACGGCUGACCACUUCAAAGAGCGGAACGGGACUGAUUCCACUCUUCAUAUAUCGUUGUUGAUCAAUGCGUAUCUAGCUAUGUGAUCACUUCGUAGUGUACUUUACACUGGCUCAAUCGCUCUUUAUCUGAUCAGUGAUACCGAGCUUACGGUGUUGUUUUGCUCUGACUGUGAUUCCACGUAAACCAUAGGCGCCCAUAAAACUAUUUGGCCAUUGACCUCUAAGGGGUGUGUUCUUUCCAUUGGUUGAUUGCAAAGGAGGUGAUAUCAGUGCAAAGUGGUUUCUUGUGUCAAUAUUGAUUAGGAACUUGUGUUUUUGUCCAUAUCUGCGGAGGCAGAACGGAUUUGUCCUUGAAUUAGUGUAGCAGCUCUUGGUAACACUUUACUUGAUCCUUCCACUGUUAUUAGCAUGAUAUUACAUAAGUGAUUUCAUUUUUAUUUUAUGUCAAUAUAAGAUUGUCAGGUUGCUUGCAGUGCUAUUUUUAUGCACACUAACAAUGGCUAGGCUGGGGUGGAGUGUGUGGGGGGUCUCGGAUGGUUGAGGGGCAGCACUUGGGGGGGCGUCUUAAAGGGCUGGUGGCCUGGCGGUUGAGCGCUUGGGCCGGUGGCUGACGGAUCGCUGGUUCAGGUCCCCGUUUUUGACCUUGUGGGAGAUCUGUCGACGUGCCCUUGAGCCGGGCGUUGACCCUGGUUGCUUCUGUGUGUCGCUCUGGAUGGGAGUCUGUUAAUUGACUAAUGUGAUGUAGUUGUUGAGCGGCUUCACUGCGAGUAUAUUGUAUGUUUUUAAAUAUUAGAUGAAAAAACAAAACAAUGGCUAGGUUGGCAUAGUCAUGACUGUGUCAAAUUAGUCAGCUAAUUAUGACUGCUUAGUGCUUAUGGUAUCUGUUAUGUCAUGCCUUUGCAAAAACGUCAGGUUUGAGAUAGAUGAUGUGAGGGAAACGUUACCCAACUUUACUACUACACAGGUUUUAAUGAGCUUUGUGUUGCUGCACUUUUUAUUGGAGACAAAGGGCCUGACACUGUGUAUUCUGUACUGUAGCCUUCUUUAGCCAUCUUGGCCCUAGCUUAAUCUAACUUUCCAUUGUCUUUCUAAUACUGUGACUCAACAAAUCCUAAUUAAUCUGCUAGGUUUGGAAGGCUAAGGAAGUCCAAUUGUAUUGGAUGGGCUGGGCUGGUAUUUUCAGGGAGCUGGCAGCCUCCGUUUUGUCCUGGCCGGCUAAUGCGUUGCGUUGGGGGCGCUCGCUAAACAACCCUGGUAGGAACGCGACGUGGAUCGAGAGAUGAAACGGGAUGGGGGGUGGGGGCGUAAAGAGAGGAAGGAAAAGAGAAGGGGGAGACGGUGAAAAUUGUGUCCCAGCCGCCCCUUGCCUGCCGCACUCGACCAGAAAGAAGGCGUCUGCGGGUGAAACAUUGAUGAAGGGGAGGUUAAUAUUUGAUUUGGAGAGGACACUUGCGUGCCAGGGUAGCAACAGGGAGGGGGCACUGGGUGGAUGAAGUGAUGAUGAUGAUGGUGGUGAUGAAGGCUAGACUUCAGGGGUGUGUUUUUCUCUAUACUAAGUUGUUACAUGUCAAUAAAGCAUACCUGGCAUAUAUCUGAUAUAUUGUUUUGACACGUAUCAGUUGAUGUGAAAUAAGCAGCCUUUGUACUUUGGGAUAACUUUAUUUGAACUCCGUCAAUACAGACCAUUAAUUGGAAAACAUGAACACAAUGGGCAUCUCUCCAGUUUGUACGUUCGCAGUUCAUGUGUAUACAUUCAUCACGUGUAUUUGAAUUGAGGAACUAGUGUGUUUGCAUUAUUUGACUGUGCAUGUGAGGAUUGUGCAGUGCUAAUACACUAAAGAGUAAAUCGAGAGGCCCUGCUGAAAACCCAGCUUGACAUCAAUUCAUAUAUAACUUUCCCUCUCAGACACCUCCCCUCUCUCCACACAAAAAGCAACAGUCCACACAAACAUCAACAGUCGUUUUACAAUCUCAGUCUGUGUGUACAGUGUCAGUGUUGCAUUCCUCUCCCUCUAGAAGGGGGUGUGGCUCAGUCUGCACCAAUAUUAUGUGUGCAGGGAGACAACAGUCAUGGCCUUAGCUGGAACGUACCAUCUUACUCUGCUUCACGGGGGUGCAGGGACUAAGUGCAUUCUCUUGCUAAACCAGAUUAUAAUUGGAAUUGAGUUUUAUAUUAAAGCCUUGCAUUUUUAUAUGUAUAGUUCUUAGGCAAAGUUAGGUAUGAUCUAUUUGAGCUUUUAUGCGUUGUUUUGGUCUCAAGCUACCUCCGACACCCCUCCUCCUCUUUCGGUGCUCCCACAGUCCAGUGUGGCCAGGUGGAUAUAAACAGGAGGGUAACGACAGAUGGACCUCCCAGUCAGAGGGAUUACGCAUUAAUACUAAGGACAGCUCAGUCUCCUCUCACACACGUAACACACGCCCACACAGUCACAGGGACACACAGAGGAGGAUACUGUUUUGGACACGCAACAGAGCAUCGGUUUAUUGGGACGGGCGUAGAGCUGAAGCAGGGAACAGAAGAACAAGAAUAAAUAGAGAAAUAUAACAGAAGGAGGGAUGGAAGAGGGCUUCUGUCCGGUCACCAUGGAGGUGUGGAGUUCCUCUGCUUCCGAGGAGGAGGAGGAGGAAGAGAAGGAGAGUGGCCACGGGAGCCAGGAGGAGGAGGAAGAAGAGGAGGUGGAGGAGGGAGGAAAGCCACACAACAAAGAGAGUCUGUGCAGGGAACUGAUGCAAGUGCUGUGUUCAGAGAGAGUGGGCCAGGUCACUAAGACGUACCAUGACAUCGAGGCUGUCACCCACCUACUGGAAGAGAAAGAGCGGGACCUCGAGUUGGCGGCCCGGAUCGGCCAAUCACUGCUCAAGCAGAAUCGGGAUCUAACGGCACGGAAUGAGUUAAUGGACGAACAGCUGGAGAUCGCUACGGAAGAGAUAGCCCAGCUGCGACAUGAGCUCUCCAUGAGAGACGACCUGCUCCACUUGUACGCCAGCACAGAGGAGAUCGAGAACGCCUCCGACUCACACACACUAAUGAAGAGGAACGAGUCGUCUAACUCCCUCAGUAACUUUGUCAAUUAUGACUUCAUACAGCAGAAACUCAAAGGUCUGGAGGAGGAGAACCUCAAACUGCGCUGUGAGGCCAAUGAACUGACGUCAGAGACCGCUAACUAUGAGGAACAAGAGCAGGAGCUGAUGAUGGUGUGUGUGGAGGAACUCACCUCUGUGAAUAAGCAGGUGGUGGACCUGUCUGAUGAGUUGGCCCGCAAGGUGGAGGACACUCUCAGGCAGCAGGAGGAGAUCAGCUCCCUGCUCGCGCAAAUAGUCGACCUGCAGGCACGCUGCAAAGCGCUCACCACUGACAAUGAAGAGCUGACCCAGCACCUGAGUGCCUCGCGGGAGAGCCAAUCACAGCUCAAAUCAGAGCUAAACUACCUGCAGGACAAGUACUCGGAGUGUGAGGACAUGCUACGGGAGGCCAGAGAGGACAUUAAGAACCUGCGCAACAAGAGCCUGCCCAACAGCACGGUGCAGCGCUACAGCGCCCUAUCAGCCGUGUUCCCCAUGGACUCCCUGGCAGCAGAGAUUGAGGGCACCUUCCGCAAGGGCCUGGACGUCCCCGCCCCUACGGAGUACAAGAACCACCCGUGGCGCGUGUUUGAGACUGUGAAGGUGGUGAAACAAGCGUCGAGGCUGCGCUCGCGGUGCCACUCCCCCGGCCAGGUGCCCGGCUCCAGCCCUGUGUCGCUGCGCUCCAGCUGCGCCUCCACCCCUCGUACCAGCUACUACGGCUCAGACAGCGCCAGCCUCACCUUGGAGGACAAACCACCUAGUACCUCGAGACUGGCAGAGGUGGCACACACUGAGGACAACAGUGUGAGUGGCCGUAAGCGUCUGGGUAUGCCGGGCAUGCCUGGAGGCCAGGACCUUGCGGCCGCGCUCCGCUGUUUAUCUGACCGCCAGCAGAGCCAUGCUUCAGAGCGCCCCUUCUUUGAGGUGGAGCGUGAACGCAAACUCCGCGCCCUGGCCACCGCCUGUCAGGGGUGCAGCGAGGAGGGUGAGGAGGUGGGCGAGCUGGGCUCCAGUGGGUUCCUUACGCCCAACGACAGCCUGGUGUCCAGCUCGGUGGCGUCGACAAGCACCAACUACUCCAAUGGCAGCUCGCUGCACUCCUCGGCCGGAUCGGGGGGCUCACGCUCCUACCUACCCGAUCGCCUGCAGAUUGUCAAGCCCCUGGAAGGCUCAGUGACCCUGCACCACUGGCAGCAGCUGGCCAAGCCCAACCUGGGUGGUAUCCUGCACCCUCGCCCGGGGGUCCUCACCAAAGACUUCCGGGAGCUGGAGAUCGACCUCCAACACGUCUACAGCCUCAAUGACCUUGAGGAGGAUGACCCAGACCUAUCACAGCUCUCCCACAACCUGGCUGCCGGAGCCCACGGCACCAUAGUCACUCCAUCCUCCGGCCCCAACCUCCCCCAGACCCCUCCCACCCACACCGUCACCACCUGUCGGCGCCACCACCCAUCCCUCCUGCUCCCCUCCUUCUCCACCAGCCUUUGCUCUCGCAGCCUGUCCGCUUGUUGGAGCUGUGAGCAUCUGAGCACCACGUCGCCCUCCUCCUCGAAUCAGCAGCACUGUGUGCCGACCUUUGACCCUAGCCAGGGUGGCGGCCACCACUCCACCUCCACCACAGCACCUCCACUAUCACUGGGACUCCUGAGGCUGCUGGAGGUGCAGGGAAUCUCUGCCUCCACCCUCCCCUACCCUUACCACCAACUGACCCCACACACACCCCACACACGCCCCACAACGGCAGAGGAAGAGCGGGGUGGAGGAACUUGCACUAUGGAGGAAGAAGGGAGAAGGAACAUUUUCAGCUUCAACCUGGUAGAGAAGCUGAGGCGUCUGGGACUUCACAAGGUGGCAGACCGAGGCGUGGUGGACUGAAGAGAGAACGGAGAAGAGAGAGAAGCAAUCAGGCAUUACAGACAUCCACCUAGAGUCUGAGAAAGACUGGGAAAACUCCUUCUACCCUUCCUCCUUAAUCGUCAUUGACUUCAAUCCAUAUACUGACUAUGCACCGUACCGCCAUUUUGUGUUUUGGGCCCACAGCAAUACAUCGUAAAAUGGAACCUCAGGAGAACCAUAGAGCCAUACGUUGAGUUUCUGUUACGUGUAUAGUCACUCUUCUGUUUGUAAUGGACUCAUGUUUUGUAGAUACUAGGUCUCCACGACAAUGUGUGACAUGAUCAUUCUCAGGAGAGUCACCUGAUCACUGGUCCGGCUGGCUUGAACACGCGCAAGGUGUUCUUUUUUUUUUCAAUAUAAAAUUAAAAGAUGAGGAACAUCACAAAGAAAAACAUGCGUUUCUUUUUUAUACCUGUGUUUCGUGGGUGUCGGAUGGUUUUACACGGUAUGAAAGAAAGAGAAGGCUUCUUGUGGUGUUUAUUUUAUUUUUUUAUUUUUGAAAGACCCCCACCACUAUGCUUUUUUAAUAUAAUUUUUUUUACCAUUAAAUACAAUCACAUGACCUUUUCAUUACUUUGGGAAAGGUUCAAGGUAUUGUUAUUUGAGAACCACCAAGCUGACCACAGUUUGUCACACUUAAAACACCCCAGAUGCACUGGAAUUCAGUAUGUCCUUUUGCAUAUUAGCUGCUAUUAGAAAAUGAAGCAUUUGUGGGAAUUAACCACAUUCACUUUACUGUGGUAAAACUAACACUUCAAUCACUCCCCAUUACAGAAUGGUAGAGAGAUUGAUACACUGACUGAACUUCCUGAAAGUUUAGGACAUUAUUGACAUUCGCUGAGGUAUACUAAUCUGCUCUUUACCCAAAAGUCCUCAUUUAGCACUCGUGGUACUGUGCAAUUGCAUGGCAUCACACAUCACCUGCUGCAAGUCACUGUAAAAAGCUUUACUUUGAAAUGCUGCCAAUUAUGUCAGUCAUUGUAAACUUGUGUAUUUAGUCGUACCUCACCAAAACCAUUCAGGUAGUCUACCAUGCUGUAUCAAAGACACCUGAAAGUGACUGUAAAAGGUCUCGACACUAGUCUAUUGUGCCGGAUCUGUGUCUAACAGACCUUAAACUAAAGUGUUGUUGGGACAAAUGUAAUUCAUGUCAUCAGGAAUAAUGAAAGUGAGCUGUACGAAAUUGUUUAGAUCAAGUGAUCAUGGACUGCAUGCUUUUUUUGGAUUCUCCUUCGGGUGUCGGGACAAUCAACUGUAGAUAAAAGGCGUAGGAUACUGCAUAUCAAACGGGGAAAUGAUAGCAAAUUAUGACCAUUUGAAUUCAGAAGAAAAUGAACCAAACAGCACUACAUAUAUUUCAGAUGUUCAAAUUGACUACUCUUUGUGGAAUUGUAUGUUAUAAUCACUGAGAUGCAUGUCUGUAUAAAUUGUACCGCCUGUACAUUAAAACGUACAUUUGUAUUUCCAUCAGC